AAAUAUGAGACCCAGCAUUUUGGUUUCACACCAAUGACACUGCUAAAUGGAAUGUUUAAUGCCAUUUGUGACCAGUACGGAGAAGGACUCAAGGCUUUUUGCACUACCUGCAGCCAGCAGUUCCAAGGUGCAAUGAGUGAUAAGCAGUUGAGACAGGCCCGACAUUCUGUCAGUCAGCUUAUAGACCAUGACAUCAGCUCCAUGUUUGACAAUUUAGAGAGCUACUUACUGGAACGAAUGUUAACCAUUCCUGAGAGUGUUGUAUUUUCAGAAGAUAAAUAAAUGCCAACUUUUACAUGGUGGUGCAGACCGUUAUGAUCAAGUAGAAGAUAACAAAAUGAGGUGAAGAAAAAAAAUCAUUGCUGUCAAAUUUGCUAGUGCACAGUUAAACCAAAACAUUGCAGAUGCCAGUGCAGUACAAAGCACACUGGAUGAGGUACUAAAGCAAAUGUCAGGUAGGAACAUUUCAAGGCUUGGAGCUAAACGUCUAAAAGACUGGCUAUCCUGUUACAGUGAACAGCUAAUAAAA